AUGGACAUUGUGAAGCGCUUGAAUAGGGAUCCCAGCGGCUUCAGUUUUAGUCAUUUCGGCGAUGAUGGCGUCCUAGACGCCAACGGCAAAGUCAUCGAUUCCAACAAGCUUACCGUAGCCCAGCUAGUUAGAGCUGCAAAUCAAUAUCCCUUUUCCCCCAAAGAGAAGGAGCACUUGCAGAAUGUGUGGGCGAAAGUUGAGGACUCUCAGGUUGAUGAGUCUCAGAUCUGGUCACCUCCUUGUCACCUCCUACCCUUGAUUUUAUUAGACAGGGAACAGGUUUGA